GCUUCCAGUUACUAUCCAAACGCACGCGCCUUGCGUCCUCCGCAACAUCCUGAAGAAGUUUGAGUCACGAGAGACCGUUGAUCAAGGCGCUAGGCGUUAACGUUAACUGGCCUGCUGAUGUUUUGCGGUGUUAUUGGUUUUAUCCAAAUGGUUGCGGCUGGUUGAGCUGUAACACACACCCCUCUUGUGCGGAGUAGACUGAGGAGCUCGAGCAGGAGUUUGGUCAUCAGCAUCCGCUCCGCGUUUUUACUGUGUGCUGGCUACUUAUCGACCUCUACCUUCAUGGAUUUUAUUUUACAGUAGAUUUUUUUUUUAAGACACGUUUUAAUAAGCAAGGCUUGUUUGACUGCGGGACUGUCUUUAAUCAGAAGGGCGAGCUAAAUAUAGAGGAAUAAGCACAUGUAGCCGUUGAAAAGCUAGCCGAGGAAGUGUUCUGUUUCUUUUCCAUCCCUGUAUGGUGGAAGGAGUCGCCUAGAUUGAUUAAUUUCGUAGACAUACAGUUAUGGAGAUGCUGAAUGUCACAUAAGGGCUGGUGUUUGACGCUUUCCGAGAGACUAAUAGCUUCGCCGUCAUCAAUUCGAGCUGUAACUGUAGUUAAAUGAGUUAGCUGGGGAUUGACCAUCCACCGCUAGCCCAUUAGCCAACUCCCUCGAGUGAUUAGUUUGUUACAGUUUAUGUUGCGUCAGUUAAGUCAUUUUAACCACAAACUCUUAGAUUGCAUUUAGACGAUGUCCUUUUUUAAUUUUCGGAAGAUUUUUAAGCUGGGCACUGAGAAAAAGAAGAAACAGUAUGAGCACGUUCACAGAGACGUCAAUCCUGAAGAGGAGUGGGAGAUCGUGGGAGAACUUGGGGAUGGAGCCUUUGGGAAAGUCUACAAGGCUCAGAACAAGCAGACCGGGAUCCUGGCUGCAGCUAAAGUGAUCGAUACCAAAACAGAAGAGGAGCUAGAGGACUACAUGGUGGAGAUUGACAUCCUCGCCUCAUGUGAUCAUCAGUACAUUGUCAAACUGCUGGAUGCCUUCUAUUAUGAGAACAAACUAUGGAUUCUCAUUGAGUUUUGUGCCGGAGGGGCAGUGGACGCUGUUAUGUUGGAGCUGGAGCGGCCACUAACAGAGCCUCAGAUCCGGGUUGUGUGUAAACAGACGCUGGAGGCGCUGGCUUACCUCCAUGAGAAUAAGAUUAUUCACAGGGACCUAAAGGCUGGAAAUAUUCUCAUUACCACAGAUGGGGACAUCAAAUUGGCUGACUUUGGGGUGUCUGCAAAGAAUACAAAGACUCUACAGAGAAGGGACUCUUUCAUUGGAACUCCGUACUGGAUGGCUCCUGAGGUGGUGAUGUGCGAAACGUCGAAGGACAGGCCGUACGACUACAAAGCGGACAUCUGGUCCCUGGGGAUCACUCUGAUCGAGCUGGCACAGAUCGAGCCGCCCAACCACGAGAUGAACCCAAUGAGAGUCCUGCUAAAAAUAGCUAAAUCUGAGCCCCCCACGCUCGCAUCUCCAUCACGAUGGUCUCCAGAGUUCAGUGAUUUCCUAAGGAAGGCUCUGGAUAAGAACCUAGACAACAGGUGGAACUCUAUACAGCUCCUACAGCAUCCAUUUGUUUCGAAUGUGGCAGAUAAUAAACCAUUGCGAGAGCUGAUUGCUGAGGCCAAAGCGGAAGUGGUUGAGGAGUUUGAGGAUGGAAAAGAGGAAGACGAGGAAGAAGAGCCUGAGGCUCAGCUGGCAGUGCCUGGUCACAAACGUGCAUUCUCAGACACCAGCGUCGGCAGCUCAGAGGAUGAGAGACAAUAUCAGAACACACCGACUCUUGAGUUGGUCACAGAGAGGGCUGAACCUGAGCGAAAACCCAGUUCAGAGAACCAAGCUAGUGACAAAACCUCAGACAUGGUGGUGGACACCAGCAAGCACAGCCAUGCUGAGGAUGAGAAGAUGAAUGGGGCUAGUGUGUCAGAUGCUGGCACUGAGAACUCACGUUCUGGUGAGGAAUCUGUACCUAAACAAGAAGAGUCUCCUACACAAAUGACCACCGAAAUAGAGAUUUCUGAUCAGCCAAACCUUCCAGCAUCAAACGACACUGAAACUGUCCUCCAAGAGAUUGUGACGGUCAGUGAGGAGACUGGAGAGAAAGAGAAGAAAGUGAAGGUGAAGGAGCCAGAAGAGAAUAAAGAAGAAGAGCAUGAAGAAACGCAACAUGAGAAGGAGGAAACCAAAACACAAAUCACCACAGACGAAGAAAAGGAAUGUACUCAGAUUUCACAAGUAGCUGAACCAGAGAACAAACCUGACAGUGCUAUUGAAGAAGCCAUCACCGAAGCAACUGAAAGUAGAGCAGAUGUUUCAGGAAAGACUGAAGACAAAAUUGUGAGUGAGAAAGCAGAUAAGAAGGAACAGGAGGAAGAAGAAAAAGCAGUAACCUCACCAGAUGUCCCUAUAGAAGAUGUGAAGGAGGCACAAACAGUAAUCUCCACAGAUGUUCCUACAGAAGAGGUAAAAGUGGAACUCCCUCAGGAGUCAACAGAGGAGGUUGAGAAAUCAGAACAUGAAGAGGUCAAGCCUGUUGUGCCUGUGAAUAUACCAUUUGAGAUGGAGAAGGGGGUAGAUUUAGUAGAAGAGACCUCUGUGAAUGAAUUGCCUGUAGUUGUCAUCAACGGCAUGGAAAAAAAGGAGGGCAGCGCAACAGAAGAACCUCAAGAAGCCAUAGAAGACAGACCAGAGGCCCAGGAAGCACCUACCUUGCCCGAGAGUCACGAGAAAUCAGCUGAGGUGAAGCCUGAUAAUGAAAAGGAGAAAGACUCUGACUCAGGCAGCAGUUCUGCUGCAGAUACUAACAGCAUUGACAUCAAUCUCUCAAUCUCUAGCUUCCUAUCGAAAAGCAAAGAGGGAUCAAUUUCUAUACAGGACACCAAGCGUCAGAAGAAAACUCUGAAAAAGACCCGUAAGUUUAUGGUUGACGGGGUGGAAGUGAGCGUCACCACAUCAAAGAUUGUCUCCGAAAAUGAUACCAAAAGCGAGGAACUGAGAUUUUUGAGGCGUCAGGAGCUCCGAGAACUGAGGCUGCUGCAGAAGGAGGAGCAAAGAGCUCAACAGCAGCUCAGUAACAAACUCCAGCAGCAGAAAGAGCAGCUCUUCAGACGCUUCGAACAGGAGAUGACGGGAAAGAAGCGUCAGUAUGACCAAGAGGUGGAGAACCUUGAGAAACAGCAGAAACAGACCAUAGAACGUCUGGAGCAGGACCACACCAACCGGCUGAGAGAUGAGGCUAAGAGGAUCAAAGCAGAGCAGGAUAAGGAGCUCUCAAAAUUCCAGAACAUGCUGAAGAACCGCAAAAAAGAGGUCAAACAAGAGGUUGGACUGUCCCCCAAACACAUAAGAAAAGAGCUCAUGAAACGCGUAAAGGAAGACCUAGCAGUCGUUCAACAGGAAGAGGAGCAAGAGUUUCUUCAGAGGCAGCAGCAAGAACUGGAUGGAGCUCUAAAGAAGAUCAUCCAGCAGCACAAACUAGAGAUUGCAACUAUAGAAAGAGACUGUCUUAACCACAAGCAGCAGCUCAUGAGAGCUCGAGAAGCAGCCAUGUGGGAGCUGGAGGAGCGCCACCUGCAGGAGAAACACCAGUUGCUGAAGCAGCAGCUGAAGGACCAGUACUUCAUGCAGAGACAUCAGCUCCUCAAGAGGCAUGAUAAGGAGAUGGAGCAGAUGCAGGGUUAUAACCAGCGGCUGAUAGAGGAGAUGAAGAACAGGCAGGCACAGGAGAGAGCUCGGCUGCCGAAGAUCCAGCGUGGCGAGGCAAAGACCCGCAUGGCAAUGUUUAAAAAGAGCCUGCGGAUCACUGGCACAGGAACACCAGAGCAGGACAGAGAGAAGAUCAAACAGUUUGCAGCUCAAGAGGACAAGAGACAGAAGAAUGAGAGACUUCAUCAGCAUCAGAAACAUGAGAACCAGAUGAGAGACCUACAGUUACAGUGUGACUCCAACAUCAGAGAACUUCAACAGAUGCAGAAUGAGAAAUGCCACCUGCUGAUUGAGCAUGAGACUCAGAAGCUGAAGGAGCUGGAUGAGGAACACAGUCAGGAGCUGAAAGACUGGAGGGAGAAGCUUCGGCCCAGAAAGAAGGCUCUGGAGGAAGAGUUCACACGGAAACUGCAAGAACAGGAAGUCUUCUUCAAAAUGAGUGGAGAGUCUGAAUGUCUCAACCCCACUGCCCAGAGCAGAGUCUCUAAAUUCUACCCCAUUCCCAGUGUUCACUUCUCUGACUCUUAACAUUCACCGCUUAGCUUUACCUCAAGCAAAGAACUUGAUUGCUGUUCAAAGGUAUGAGAUCAGAAUACAUGCAUGGGGUUAAAAUGAAAUACUGUAGUAUAUAUACACAAGUACCUUUUGAAAUAUCUUUUAACAAUGAAGGACAAACCUUAUGCAUUACCAUGACAUACUCCUUUUGCCACACUGAAUCCAAUGGAUUAACAUUUUAGUUUUCUGUUAGUUGUCUUCUGGUGAUGUUUAUUUGUGCUUGAGACAAUGACAAAUGAAUGGAUACACUCCAUGGCAAUAUCAUCUUGUCUUUUUGGAAUAAAAAUAGCCUUGAUGCAAAGCCGCAAAACAAGCAUGACCUUAUAGCCACGGUAAACACUGAAACGUUGGGAGAGGUUACAUUUUAAAAAACAAAACGUGGACACUAGUCAACGUUAUGCAAUUCUAUAAAUGUUCAAAUUGCAGAGCUAGCUAAAUUAGCUUCAUGCUGAAUCAGCUGUUAUUUGUUGUAUUUCUUUCAUUCUUCUGUUUGGCAUGUUUAUCUGUUAUUAACGUCCAUGCAAAUUUACUUUUAACAUAAACUCUUAGUAAAGUCAUAUUUGCUCUUUGCGUUUGGAUGGUUUGCAUUAUGGUUAAUUUGCAGUCCCUGGAAACUCAAGGAAUGUAAACUGUAAAAUGACAUUGCACACUUGAUAACAAAUUGAACUUAUGCAGUAGUGAUCUCUUUAGUGCAUUAGAAAGGAAUUAGUGCCCUAAUAUUUAUAUACGAUGAUGUCAUUUUUCAUUUGGCAAGUCACUGUGGUCCAGAGCACCCAAGUUUAUUUUUUUAUGAGUAAAAUAAUUUCAUGUAUUUGAAGGAGCAUAGGGCAGUCUUUGCCUUUAUGAAUGUUUUCAUAUAUGGUAUUAAAAAGCUAUUUAUGGAUUAAGCUGAAAGUUAAUGUUUUUAUUGUUGUUGUUGUUUUUCCCCCCGUUUAUCCAAUUUGUAAGGGUAAUAUCAAAUAUCAAAUUGCACAUGUUACAUAGUUUAUCUUAAGUUUUCUUUUUAUUGUAGGAUAUAUACUUUGAUAGUCAGAUGUAGAGCAGUGUUUUGAAUAGUCCUGUGCAAGCUGCAAAAUGUGCAUAAGCAUUUCAGCGAGAACACGUGGACAUUUCUCACUUUUGCUGAGGACUAUUCCAUCUGAUUCAAGCUCUAUUUUUGAUAACAUGUUUUGCGCAAGUAAUGCACAUAGUUUCUUUAUCUUAUUCAUAAAAUGACAAAUGCUGUGCUCAUAUAUGUUCUGCAUGCUGAGGAAAUCCCAAAUGCUGUAUUUUACCGGAGAUAUGAGCUUUUUGAACAAACCACACAUUUUACUAUGGCUCCAUUUUAAAAGUUAGCAUUUGCACAAAUGGUGCAUGACAAACUAGGAUACUUUACAGAGAGAGAGAAAGGGACAAUUACACUGUUGGACUGCUGAACAGUGACACCAUAACCUCUUGCAGCACUUUGAUGGAAUAUCUGAUGCAUUUUUGAGGUCAAUUUGUGUCUAAAAGUUUGCGUGUCCAUUAAUUGAGAUGAUAUGUAAGAAUGCUGUAAAUAAAACCAUCAUUGUAUUUUA